AUGCAGGUGCAAGGUAUCAUGCGCCUGACAGAUGCGCGGGCGCUCCCCCCUACCACGCCGCGACCCGCCGUCGACAGCAACCACCACCACAACCACCACCACCUCCCCCGAAUCAUCACCUACUACCAAACCCACCAUGACCCUCACUCCGGCCAGCACAUCUCCCUUCUCCCCCUCCUCACCCAGCCCGCCAUCUCCCUGACGCACCUCAUCCUGGCCGCCGUCCACAUCAACGGCGACCCGCAGGCCCUCACCCUCAACGACCACCCCCCGGACCACCCGCGUUUCCAGACCCUCUGGGCCGAGCUGCGCCUCCUGCAGGCCGCCGGCAUCAAGGUCCUCGCCAUGCUCGGCGGCGCCGCCCGCGGGUCUUAUGAGCGCCUCGACGUCUCCGCCGCUGCUCCCGACGACGAUGCCCGCUUCGAGGCCUACUACGCCCCGCUGCGCGACCUCGUCCGCGAAAAGGGCCUCGACGGCCUCGACCUCGACGUCGAGGAAAACAUGAGCUUGGCCGGCAUCAUCCGCCUCAUUGAUCGCCUGCGCAGCGACUUUGGCCCAGACUUCAUCAUAACCCUCGCCCCCGUCGCCAUGGCCCUCCUCGAUGCCGAGAAGAACCUGAGCGGCUUCGACUACGAGGCCCUCGAGGUCCUGCGCGGCAACGACAUCGCCUGGUACAACACCCAGUUCUACUGCGGCUGGGGCGACCUCUCCAGCACCUACAUGUACGAUCUCAUGCUCCAAAAGGGCUGGCCCGCCCACAAGAUUGUCGUCGGCCUCGUCACAAACCCCGCCAACGGCAAGGGCUUUGUCCCCUGGCACAUGCUGUCCGCCGUCCUCGCCGCCCUGAAGCGCCGUCAGCAGACCUUCGGCGGCGCCAUGGGCUGGGAGUACUUCAACAGCCUGCCCGGCGACGCCCAGCGCCCGUGGGAGUGGGCCCAGCACAUGUCAUCUCUGCUGAGGAGCCAUGCUCUUGCCGCGCCGCCACCUACUCAGCCUUCCGACCGUGCUGUCGCUGCUACCCCUGCUGAAGGGCACGAAAUUGAUCCAGACGAGACCGGCGGUGAUCCCCUGCAUGUGCCGGCGCCAUUCGAGUACUAUUCUGACGGUGGACACAACGACGACUGA